GGAACAACAACAGCUCCCAUCCUUCUACCCUUUCUGGAGACGCUGCAGCAGGAUGGUGAGCCGAAUGGGCUGGGGGGGGAGCCAGGGGCGGCUGAGGCAGUGGGGAGACCUGGGGCCAAGACCUGUGCCCCUCCUCCCCAUACCACCUCUGCCUCCUCCUCCUCCUCAUCGGGGACCUGGGGGAGGGAGGAUCUCCAUCUAUUCUCUAUCCCCUGCCACUAGUACAAGAAGCUCCUCCUCCUCCUCUUUCCCUCCUCCCAUGGCCCCCCCCUGCUUGGUGCUGCAGGAGACAGGGGCUUCUCAGCCUCGCCACUAUGCCCUCCCUGCCCCAGAUACCCCCACACAGGCACAGCCCACAAUGGCACCUGCCUCUGCUUCCCCCUCUUGGGGAUCCCACACCACCCCACCCCUGGCUUCGGUGACUUCCCUUCCCUCACGCCGAUGCCCCCAGGAUGCUCCUGGGCUUCGCAUAGGCCCUCUGAUCCCUGAACAGGAUUAUGAGCGGCUAGAGGACUGUGACCCUGAGGGGUCCCAAGACUCACCCCUCCAUGGGGAGGAGCAGCAGCCCCUGCUUCACAUUCCUGAAGGCCUCCGGGGCUCCUGGCAUCACAUCCAGAACUUGGACAGCUUCUUCACCAAGAUCUAUAGCUACCACCAGCGGAAUGGCUUCACCUGUAUCCUGCUGGAGGACAUCUUCCAGUUGGGACAAUUCAUUUUCAUUGUCAUCUUCACAACCUUCCUCCUUCGCUGUGUGGAUUACAAUGUUCUCUUUGCCAACCAACCAAAUAACCAUACCAGACCUGGGCCAUUCCACAACAAAGUGACCUUGUUGGAUGCCAUCCUACCCUCAGCUCAGUGUGCUGAGAGGAUCCACUCCAGCCCCAUGCUGGUCUUUCUCCUGGUCCUGGCUGUGGCCUUCUGGCUGGUCCAGCUGCUUCGCUCAGUCUGCAACCUCUUCAGCUACUGGGACAUCCAGGUGUUUUACAGGGAGGCCCUGCACAUCCCACCGGAGGACCUCAGCUUGGUGCCGUGGGCAGAGGUGCAGUCCCGCCUCCUGGUGCUGCAGCGGAGCGGUGGGCUGUGCGUGCAGCCGCGGCCACUGACAGAGCUGGACGUGCACCACCGGAUCCUGCGCUACACCAACUACCAGGUGGCUCUGGCCAACAAGGGCCUGCUGCCGGCCCGCUGCCCAUUGCCCUGGGGAGGCAGUGCUGCCUUCUUCAGCCGCGGCCUGGCCCUCAACGUCGACCUGCUGUUUUUCCGCGGUCCUUUCUCUCUCUUCCGCGGGGGCUGGGAGCUGCCCGACGCCUACAAACGCAGCGACCAGCGGGGCGCCCUGGCCGCGCGCUGGGGGCGCACAGUGCUGCUGCUGGCCGCCGUGAACUUGGCGUUGAGCCCGCUGGUGCUGGCCUGGCAGGUGCUGCACGCUUUCUACAGCCACGUGGAGCUGCUGCGGCGCGAGCCGGACGCGCUCGGGGUGCGCCGCUGGUCCCGCCUGGCGCGCCUGCAGUUGCGCCACUUCAACGAGCUGCCGCACGAGCUACGCGCGCGCCUGGCCCGAGCCUAUCGUCCGGCCGCUGCCUUUCUGCGUGCUGCCGCGCCCCCCGCGCCCUUGCGCGCGCUGCUAGCCCGCCAGCUGGUCUUCUUCGCCGGCGCGCUCUUUGCCACCCUGCUAGUUCUCACCGUCUAUGACGAGGACGUGCUCGCCGUGGAGCACGUGCUCACUGCCAUGACCGCGCUUGGGGUCACGGCCACCGUGGCCAGAUCUUUCAUUCCCGAGGAGCAGUGCCAAGGUCGUUCCCCGCAGCUCUUGCUGCAGGCCGCCCUGGCCCACAUGCACUACCUCCCAGAAGAGCCCGGCCCUGGAGGCAGGGCCAGCGCCUACCAGCAGAUGGCGCAGCUGUUGCAGUACCGGGCGGUUUCCCUGCUGGAGGAGCUUCUGUCUCCCCUCCUCACCCCGCUGUUUCUGCUUUUCUGGUUCCGCCCUCGUGCCCUGGAGAUCAUUGACUUCUUCCAUCAUUUCACUGUGGAUGUGGCCGGGGUUGGGGACAUCUGUUCCUUUGCCCUUAUGGAUGUGAAGCGCCAUGGCCACCCUCAGUGGCUAUCAGCUGGACAGACAGAGGCCUCACUGUCUCAGCGUGCAGAGAAUGGGAAGACUGAACUCUCUUUGAUGCGGUUCUCCCUGGCACAUCCACUAUGGCGCCCCCCAGGGCACAGCUCUAAGUUCCUUGGGCACCUCCGGGGCCGGGUACAACAAGAUGCAGCUGCCUGGGGUGCCACUUCAACUCGAAGUCCCCCCACCCCAGGGGUACUCAGCAGUUGCACCUCACCUCUGCCAGAGGCCUUCCUGGCUAACCUCUUGGGGCAUCCCCUCCUGCCCCAGAGGGACUUGAGCCCCACAUCCCCCUGUCCAGCUGCUGCCACAGCCAGCCUCCUUGCCUCCAUUUCCCGCAUUGCCCAGGACCCCAGCUGUACAUCCCCAGGAGGCACUGGGGGUCAGAAGCUGGCCCAGCUCCCAGAGCUUGCUUCUGCUGAGAUGAGUCUCCAUGCCAUCUACUUGCACCAGCUUCAUCAUCAGCAGCAGCAGCAGGAGCUGUGGGGGGCAGCUUCAGCCACCUCUCUGUCCAGGCCCUGGUCUAGCCCCUCACAGCCACCCUCUCCUGAUGAGGAGAAGCCAUCUUGGUCAAGUGAUGGCUCCAGUCCUGCCUCCAGCCCCAGACAGCAGUGGGGAGCCCAGAGGACUCAGAAUCUGUUCCCUAGAAGGUUUCAGGAGACUACAGACACCCAGAAGGAACCUGUCCAGGCCUCUAGCACUGUCUGAGAAGACUCUUCAGGGUUUCCUGGCUUCCCACAGCAGACUGGACAGGGUGGAGUGGAAAGACAUGCCAAGCCAUCUUUAGAGGCCCCCUACAUACAACAGGCCCAAGAUACUUUAGCUGGGCAGGACCUAGGGGUCAAUGAAGAACUUGUCUCAGAGAAUAGAGAAAGGGUUGGAGGGUUUCCAGUGGCAUCUGGAAACAAGUCUUAGAGAUGGUUCCCACAAAGGAGGGGGGGUAGACACACCCCAACUAGCUGUUCUGGAGCAUCUUCCUGGGAAGAAGAUGUAUACUCAGGUAGGGGGCAUGGGCCAAGGAGGGAGCCCCCAUGUGUAAGGGAAACAAUGAAGCCAAGAUCUGAAAGCCAGUGGCUUCUCCACUGGCCUCUCUCAGGUUCCCAUGGCUCUUAUGAGUGGAAAAACUAGAAGGGGCUGGCAACUGUGGACUUUAGCACUGUGAUGUCCAAGGGGGGUGCAGCUCCUGUUCCUGUACAACAUAAGCCGUAAAGACUGUUCAUGGCUGUGUUGCAUCUCUGCCAGUAACGUGGCUUCCCAGCAUCCCCCACUGCUGGCAGCUGAGGGCCAGCACCUCCUUCUCAGUGAUGAAGAGCAAGGAAACUAACUGCACAGGACAACUGCCCAGGUCUGGCUGGAACCAUGUUUUUAGUCAAGUGGAGUGUGUAAGACUCCUUGUCAGGCUCAGCGCCUGUGGCUCAAGUGGCUAAGGCGCCAGCCACAUACA